AUGUCUUCGGCAUACACGGUGAAAACAAUCACAACUGACCUCGCGUCUGGGCCAGUCAAAACACGCGACAAGGCCCUGGACGAUCUGAAUCAGCUCCUGAAUCGCAACAAUGUCGCCGCUGAUUUGUCCGAACUGGGGGAUAAAGCCUACCAUGAUAUCUUUGAGGCUCUCUUCAAGAUGGUUUUGGAGCAAAAACCGAAAUAUUUCGACAAGAAGACCUCAAAACCCGCCGAAAUCCGCCUCAAUAAAUGUGCAAGAGCUGUGAGGGCAGCAGCUAGCCGUGGGGCCCCCAAACUCAAGCAAAAGACACUUUCCGCCAUAAUCGAUCAUAUUACUCAGAUUUUGCCUGGACCUGGCAACGCAUUUGUGCGUCCUCUACUGGGCGACUACCUCAAGGCUCUCACCGAGCUGCUGCGUGCUGCCAACGUCGAGUAUUUCUCGCGCAAGGAUGGCCAGUUAUGGCAAAUCUGCGUGGAAUUUUUCCUCGAUGUUGUUUCAAAUCGCAUAUCACACAAUACUCCUAAAGACCAGGGACCGAUCGGGCGUAAUUCACCUGCGCCCAGUACACCACGCUCGACUCUUCGAUCUAAUUCCGGUUCUCUUCUCAGUCAGAAGCUGCCAGAAAUGCCGGACGGCGAACUAGCCAGAGAUGCUCUAGAAGGACUGCUUUGUCUUGUAACUGCUCCGAAUGCUCACGCUCACAUCUUGAGUCGGUAUCACGAUAUUGCCAACGCGGCUCUUGGGGAGCUGCGCCUUCACAAUCUUAGCUUAGGGUCUUUGCAGACCAUGAGCUUUGCCAUCAUAAAUGCCAUCAUAUCAGCAACUCAGCUGGAAGCCUAUACCAGUGGCCUUGUCCAUGAUCUCCUGCCGUUGAUGUCUCACUGGUGGAGGGCAGAUAGGGUAUCACAAGACGAUACAAUCAAGUCGCUGCGGAAUGAAAUUCUCAGAACAAUGCUGCUCUCGCAGCUGCAGAUCGAACACCUGAUCGUCAACAAGAAGAAUGACGACGUAAGAAAAGAGGUUGAACACUUACUCGAACCCCUGUGGCAGGAAUAUUCAAAACGGAAUCUCAGCAACCAGCUAAGACUUAGUGACGUCACAUUCACAACCAAGACGCUCCCGACAGACUAUUUGCAGAUUGGAAUAUUUGGACUGAGUCCGUUGAGUACGGAGGCCGAGAGCCAAUGGGGCAUAAUUCAAUGCAUAGCAUCCUUGGAAGCAACCCUAGGACGACAAAAACCACAUUCAAUUUCUUUUCAAAGCCAAAGCGUCGAGCAGUCACGGAAAAGGCGGCGAAUUAACCAAGAGGACAGCCGUCUCCGAACGCGACUCAAAGAUAUACACCUGGAAACUCAACGAACUACGCUUCAAGUCAUACCUUUUGUACUCGCCACCACAGCGCUAAGUGCCGACGAAGCUCAGGAUUUGCUCUCGGAGCUCGUUGUCUUGACAACGCAUAAAGAUACCUCUGUUGCAUCUUGGGCGAUAGUUGCGUGUUCGAGCUUUCUUCAAUUGACUACUGAAACGGACAAUAUGAUUGAUGAGUGGAAGCAGCUUUGGCAAGUAGCAACAAGAGCUGUCAGCUUACAAGGUACAUGCCGUGCUGCCUGUCUUUUGAUUCACAGUCUACUGAAAACUGAUGUUCUACCGCAUCAUUCUUUAUUGAACGACAUAAACAGCAUCACAACGACAGCUGAUGUGAAUGGGCCUGCUGCGUUGUGCGACACAUCCAUUGCACUUAUGCAUCACCUCUUCUACUUGAGAAACUCCCUUCUGCCGAGCGCGAGUCAAGCGACAUCCAACUACAUAAUACGAUGGGCUCUGAUGCGUUGGAACCCCUCGGACUCUUCCACAUCUUCAUCACAAGGCCAAUAUGUGCAACCGAUCGAUUUCGUUAACCUGUUACGGGCAUGCUGUGGUAUGAAGCCCGUUGUUGGAAAUGCUCAAGAAUCUGUCAUCGGCGGUGCAUUCUGCGAAACCUGGAAACUACAGAAGAGCAUCACUCAAUUCAACGAGUACCUACUUCUUCUGAAGAACCACAAAUCGGACACUUUCUUUCGUGUUGUGUGCGGCCAGAAUCCUACCAUGGAGACAAAUGGAACCACGACCGAAUCCAACACCCAUUUUCCGUCGAGGAAACUCUUGCUGGAACUGAUAUAUCCAAAGCUCGAAGAACUCAGCAGCCUUUGCACAGCAUGGUCGAAGAAGCCCAACGAGGGCGGUAGGCAGAUAUCUCAGAGAAGCUUCGAAAAUGUUCUAUCUGCCUCUAUUGUCGGAGCAAUGCUGCUGCCAGAAAUAUCUCAUAUGAACUCGAGUCAAUCUGCUCUGGUAGAGAACCUCAUAAUCAGCAACGUUAAACGUGGCAUCACACAAGCAUUGACAUCUGUGGACGCAGACUCGUUUGUCCAGCAGAUUCUUCGCACUUUGAGACCAUGCAUUCCGGACCUGACACAUAUCGGGAUGGAGAGACUCCAUGGAGAUAAUGAGGCUCUUCUCCGACUUCUCACUCUCGCAUUUGAUGCCUUGAGUGAACACAAUCUGUCCAAAUCCUCUACUGGAGGAAGUUAUGACAUGAUGGAGCUGGAUGAUGAGUUUGAGUCUCAAAGCAGUCGCGGUAUGGCCUCAGCUGCGCCAGUAUCCGUUCCUCGCUCCAUUCACCAAGUGCGCCUCAGUCCAUCAUGCUUUUAUGCUGACACUCGCUGUCGACUUGCUUUGAUUGUUGCCUCGCAGCGCGAAGAAAGCCAAAUUGGUAUCGUGCCAGACGUCUUCAUCGAUGAGUUGAUCAGAAUGUCAGAUGACCAGCUCUUAUCGUGCUACACAGCCGUGACCGAGUUGUUCAGUUCCGAUCUUGUCGCCAAUACUGAUGGAGCAUUGUUGAUUAUACAGAGACUCGGAGAGGUUGUUGGCAGCAAUGAAUAUCGAUGCUGCGAAUUGGCCCUUGCUACCUGCGUUGAGGUUAUGCAUGGGUUGUCGAGCAUUUGGCUAAACGACAGUGGAGAAUUAGCAAAUAGCGUUGGCGAUUUGUACCAUUACUUCAUCCAGAAUUGCCUUGCUGCCAACUACUUUUCCCCACGAGGCUUGAAAACGUUGUCGAUGCUGCUUUUCACGCUGUUGAGACUUCAGCCGGAUUAUGGGGCAAGCCUGAAAUUGGAUUCUUGUCGAACGUCGCUACUCUUCAUUCUCAAAGAAGGAUCCAUGGACGUCAAAUACUUUGUCGCGGAAAGGAUUGCUGACCUUUUUGAGCUGUACAUUCUCAUGCUGCAUGAUGAAGUAUUCGUUGAUGUGCUUGGAAGUUUGCCGGCGGACCCAGAGAGUGAGGCAGGCAUAGCUUGCCGCCUACUAGUCCUUUCCAACCUGGCACAGAGGUGGCCAACUCUCUUACGCCGUUGUACCUAUCAUAUUUUCGAGACGCCUGGGAAGAUUCCCUCAGUUUCGGAACAUGCUCGUCGUUGUAUUGCGGAUAUUUCUCAUUCACUGAGUCUGGCAUCGCCGAAGGAACUGUUUGGCCUGUUUACUCGCCAGCUGCUAUAUACCUGGAUGGAAAACGACUCUGUAGAGCAAAUCCCAUUCGCAAUUUUUGGAUUUCAGUCCUUGGGUGAGCUUCUCACAAGUGCACAGUCCGAUGCCAUCGGUCUGUCAACCAUGAGGGGUCAAGAUGGUGUUCGAAGCGAAAUCGCGAGACACAUAGGAAAGACAGAGGUUGAACUGUUACAGACCAACUUUACCGCAAGCAUCAGCUACAGCACAGUUUUUACAGCUACUUUUGAGCCGUCCAGCAAGGAUCAUGGCGAGACCAAGAUAAUGAAGAAGAUGGGAAACAAAGUGUUCACGGAAAGUAUAUACACCAAUUUCGUCGACAUUGUUGCCUUUUUCUUCGACAUUAUUGACCAAGAAGAUCCGGUCGAGAGGGUCUUUGCCAGAAGUGAAGAGUUGACAUACGCUGCCCAAAUUUACAAAGAUAUUACCAGAAUGUCUCAUUCGGAUACGAAACUUCCCCCGAACCAGCAGCCCAUGUUCCGAGCAAAAUAUGUCAUUCAUGAACUAGCUCGACUGUGUCAAGGCACUGAGUUUAUGUUCAGCGAGCUUUGGACUUCUGCCUUGAUUGUGUCUAUUGCCAGGAAACUCUUCAACACUGUUCAUCCAGCCUUGGGCUCACUACAUGCUUGCUCUGUGUUAAGAAAAGUGCGGAUUCUGAUCUGCUUGGCAGGACCGGUUGCACUUGAGUCAUACUGUUUGGAAAUGUUGCUUAACUCCGUGCGAACAUUCAUCACUGACUCGGAGUGUGCGGACGAUGCUCUCGGAAUCAGCCAAUAUCUACUGGAAAAGGGAGCGUCCUAUCUCCAAGAAACACCCUCUUUCCUAGCGGGCUACUCUCUGUCAGCACUCGCUUCUCUCCGAGUCUUCCUUGAGUCCAGUCAAUCGAGCACCACACAGGAAAGCCAAUUUAAGGCCACCAUGAGCAAGGCCAAAAAGUUCCACGAGUGGCUGGCAGCUUAUUUAGAAAGCUACGCGUCGCUGGCAUUCAAGAAUGAGUCACAGAAGACGUUAUUCAAGUCCAUCACAAGCUCGGCUGCUCGUAUACGAUCCUCAGGCAAUGCAGAGCAAAGCACGUUCGAAAGUAAGCUACUGCUCGACAUUCUACGCGAUGGAAGUGCGGAACAUGAGCUGCUCAAUGAGCCGUCGCGUGAGCUCGCUAUGGGACUUUUGUGCGGCGAUUUCACUCUGCCAGAGCAUUCAAGCAAUGACAUAAUUGGCACAGACAGUGAUGCCGUGCUACAUGCCAGCGCAGUGUGGAAGAGCUGCAAUACGAGGGACUUGAGUACAAACUAUCUAUCUUGGGCAGGAAGAGUGGUUGGAAGAGCAUUUGCUGCGUCUGGAGAUAUACCAGAGGGUAUUGUCGCCGAGUCGGAUGUGGCUACCUUCAGAAAAAUUGCUUCUGGGCCAAACGGCUCGGAGAUGGGUCUGUUGAGUCUUCUCCAGAGUCUAACUUCAAACAGCGACACCGUGACAGCAGGCCUCGCUGAAUCCGCCCUCAGGGCUGCUAUCUCUAGAGCAAUGCUACAAGACGAUGAGCCGCUUCUCUUUGCCUGUCAGCGCAGCUUGGCAGAGCCUCUUUAUCUUACUUCUCAGUGGUCACUAUACCGGUCCCCUCCUUCCGAGAACAAACAAUCGCAGCCAAGCCAGGACGAGCAAUCGAUCUGGAACAGCGAAAUAACUUGUGAAAAGUGGCUUUCUGAUCUCAGUGUUCUGAUAUCAAACUCGGUCCCCGAUUCGAUCUUGCUCUCGGUUCUCUCGCCGGUUUUGGAGAAGGUCAAAGGGUUUGCUGAGAAGGCGUUUCCAUUUAUCGUCCACCUCGUUCUGCUGUUUCAAUUGGAGCAGCAACAAAAGAUGAAGCGCUCUAUCUCAACGGCUCUGAAAGCUUGGCUGCGGCCAAAUACUGACUCGGCGCGGUCCAGGAUUGCGCUGUUGAUUAACACAUUGCUCUAUCUUCGUACCCAAGAGUACCCAAAAGAGAGUUCCAUCGGUGAUCGGUUACAUUGGCUGGAAAUUGACUAUUCAAUGGCUGCGGCCGCCGCAACUAAUUGCGGUAUGUAUAAAACGGCACUAUUGUUUGUGGAGCUGGCGUCCAUCGAAACAGGCCGACAAUCUAGACGCGCAUCUUCUGCCCGCGAGAAUGACCUUAACUCGACACUGCUGUCCGUGUUCGAAAACAUUGAUGACCCAGAUGCAUACUAUGGGUUGCCUGAAGAGGCAACCUUGUCGAAUGUGCUCUCACGAAUUACAUACGAAAAUGAUGGGAUGAAGGGCGUUGCAUUCCUUGGCGCGCAAUUGGACAGUCACAUUCGCCUGCAGAAUGGCUCCAAUAUAGUGGACGCUCAAGCUCUAGUCAGCAUUUUGAGCUCAUUAGGAUUGUCUGGGCUGUCUCAUUGCCUCCAGCAGACCCAUCAAACAGUCGAUACCUCGCCGGCCUCUACAGAGAAUACGUUCAAAGCAGCGCAAAGAUUAGAAAGAUGGAACCUACCGGCACCGACGGACAGCGAGAGCCUCGCCGUGACAACUUACAAGGCAUAUCAAGCGAUACACAAUGCGACAGAGAUUGCGUCCGUCAGAAAGAUCGUUUACGAAGGCUUCGCCAAAACGAUAGGCAGCGCCACUGGAAAUAAUAGGCCCACCAUUGCUACACUCAGAAGCAAGCUUGGCGCUCUUGCUGCCUUGAGCGAAUUGGACGACCUGAUGCAUGUUUCACGCAGCGAAGAUCUGAGCGAUGCACUCGGUAUCUUCCAGUCACGCAGCGACUGGAUGAAGCGUGGCCGGUAUGACGACGUGAGCAACAUCUUGGCAUGCAGAGGCACAACAAUGAGCAUGUUGAGUCAACACUCCAACAUCCUUCACGAAGCAAGCCUGUCGACCGCUGUUAUGCGAAAAGCAGAAAUAGAGUCACUAUUGCUGUCCUCUGGGCUUUACAGAUUCCACGAAGCCACACAAGAGUCCCUCAACAUUGCCACUUCGCUGUCUAAUCUUAUCCCCUAUUGCCAGAACCUGGGCUUACAUGUGGACGCAUCUGUUAAUAUCGAGGUAGCCAACUCGUUGUGGGAUCAGGGAGAAAUGAGUACGGCUAUCCAAAUGCUGCAAGCUAUUGACAAAGAUUCGGCACUGAACAGACAGGCAAUCCCAGUCACUAAAGCAGAUCUGCUUGCGAAGAUUGGUGACAGAAUGUCUAUUGCUCGCCGAGAAAAGCCGCGUGAUAUUCAAAAGAAAUAUCUAGAGCCAGCGCUCAAAGAGAUUGGCAGUACAAACUAUGGCACUGAAGCUGGCCUGGUGUUUCAUCAAUUUGCGCUGUUUUGCGACGGCCAGCUCCAAGAUGCGGAUGGACUGGAAGAUCUUCGGCGGCUUCAAAAUUUGCGAAAAGCGAAAAGCGACGAGGUUUCAGACUUGAAAGAAUUGAUUGCCUCGACCAAAGAAAGCCAGCUGCGCAAACGAUACGACUACGUCUUAUCCAAAGAGAAGCAGUGGCUAGAACUGGACGAGCAGGAGCUGCGGCGUGUCGAGCAAACAAGGAGCGAAUUUGUUCGCUUGAGUGUGGAAAACUAUCUACUAUCGCUUAUCGCUUCGGAUGCUCACAACAAUGACGCACUGCGAUUCACGGCAUUAUGGCUGGAGAGGUCGGGAGAGGAAGGAACGAAUAAGGCCGUCGCUCGCUAUCUUUCCAAGGUGCCGACACGCAAGUUUGCGAAUCUGAUGAACCAACUCACAUCAAGACUGCAGUACACGGAUAACGCGUUUCAAAAGUUGCUCCUCGAAUUGGUUUACAACAUCUGCGUCGACCAUCCAUACCAUGGAAUGUAUCAAAUUUGGUCAGGCACAAAAGUUAGAGUGCAAUCAAAAGACGAAGUGGCCCUGCAGCGUGUCAAGGCCACAGAAAAAGUCGCGCAAAGACUGGCAGCAACAAAGUCUGUCGCCAAUAUCUGGCUGUGCAUUGAAAAGACAAGCAAGUACUACCACGGCUUGGCAGUGGACAGAGAUCCCAACAAGUACAAGGCCGGGGCCAAAUUUCCGCUCAAAGAUUCGCAGGCUGGCCUGAACUUAGUCAUUGGGCUGGCUAAAUACCACAUUCCGCCGCCGACUAUGCAAGUUGAGAUCCGCUCCGACAAGGACUACUCUACGGUUCCAACGAUUGCAAAGCUAGAUUCGAGCAUGACUAUUGCGGGCGGUGUCAGUGCGCCCAAAAUCAUCACUGCUAUCGGCACGGAUGGCAAAAGGUACAAGCAGCUCGUCAAAGGCGGCCAUGAUGAUCUCCGUCAGGACGCCAUCAUGGAGCAAGUCUUUGCUGCCGUGUCCUCCCUACUGAAGCAUCAUCGCGCUGCACAGCAGCGCAACCUCGGCAUUCGGACGUACAAGGUUCUACCGCUGACGGCUUCGUCGGGUCUUAUUGAAUUCGUACCCAACACGAUACCUCUGCAUGAAUUCCUGAUGCCCGCGCACGAGAGAUAUUAUCCAAAGGAUAUGAAGGGCUCGCAAUGUCGUAAGGAGAUUUUCAGCGUUCAAAACAGAAAUAUUGAAUCACGCAUCAGCACCUAUAGGAAAGUGACGGAGCAUUUCCAUCCCGUCAUGAAGUAUUUCUUUAUGGAGUAUUUUGAGGACCCUGACGAAUGGUACGCAAAGCGUCUGGCUUACACCAGAACCACGGCAGCAAUUUCCAUGCUAGGGCAUGUUCUCGGCCUCGGCGAUCGACACGGCCACAACAUCUUGCUUGACACAAAAACGGGCGAAGUCGUGCACAUUGACUUGGGUGUGGCGUUUGAGGCAGGCCGCAUAUUGCCUGUUCCUGAGCUGGUUCCAUUCCGCCUGACUAGAGACAUUAUCGACGGCAUGGGCAUCAGCAAGACGGAGGGUGUCUUUCGGCGCUGCUGCGAGUUUACCCUCGACGCGCUGCGCGAGGAGCAGUACUCCAUCAUGACUAUCCUGGACGUAUUGCGGUACGAUCCGCUGUACACGUGGUCCAUCUCGCCGCUUCGGCUGGCGAAGCUGCAAAAGGCGCGGGAUAACCAAGACGAGAACGCGGCGCCGGGCAACGAUGCAGAAGACGGGGAAGAAAAGCAGGGCAAGAAUAACGGCGGGAGUAGCCGCAAGGCCGGCAAAAACGUCAAGGUCAACGUUGACAUCGACGUUAAUGCCGACGUCAAGGUCAACGUUAAUGAGCCAUCGGAGGCUGACCGUGCGUUGGAGGUUGUUAGGAAGAAACUCUCCAAGACGCUCAGCGUGACGGCGACGGUCAACGACUUGAUUAACCAGGCCACGGAUGAGCGGAACUUGGCGGUGUUGUACUCGGGUUGGGCAGCGUAUGCUUAG